AUGAGGGCCAGCACCCAGCACCCUUGGUUGCGGGCAGAGCUGCCGCAGGCCGCCGCUGCUCGAGGUGGGAGGUGGUGCGGCGUCGAGGUAUCGGGCCGGCAGGGGCAAACGGGGACCGGGCCAGGCAUGGCGGCGUCGAGGGCGAAGAGAGAAGGGGCCGGCGCCAGCGGGCGAGGUGGUGGCCGGAAGGGGCAAUGGGGGCCGGGGCCGGUGGGGGCAAAAGGGGACGGGGCCGGGCACGGCGGCGUCGGGGGCAAAGAGAGAAGGGGCCUGCGCCGGCGGGCGAGGUGGUGGCCGGAAGGGGGCGAUGGGGGCCGGGGCCGGCGGGGGCAAACGGGGAUGGGGCCGGGCACGGCGGCGUCGGGGGAGAAGAGAGAAGGGGCUGUGCCGGCGGGCAAGGUGGUGGCUGGAAGGGGGCGACAGGAGCCGGGGACGGCAGCCGGCUGGGGCGACGAGAGGCGGGGAGGAGAGGCGUACGAGAGAGAAGGGAGACAGAUCGUGGUGGGGGUGGCUCUCAGGAGGAUAAGGGGGAGAGAGGUGGGUGGUGGGGGCGUGGGAUGGGCCGCAUCAGUUUUGCGUUGUGGAGAUGCAUGUGUGGAGCAGAUCAUGCCAUGUCAUCGAUCCGUGUGA